AGAAGAGAGCAUUUCGUCCGACCGAAGCUCUCAGUUUUCCUCGCUCUUCUCCCUCCCUUCCUCCUUGUCUUGGAGACAAGAAGGCAAUUUGAAAAGAAGAAAAAGGGAAGAGCACUGAAAGCCAAAGAGAUUCUCCUCGGAAGAUCAGAGAUUUCUGCUCGAUCUUUCUUGUUCCCUUUCUUUUUUGGUUUCUGAGAAUUCCACUGCUAAUUCUUGUGAGACAUAGAAUUGAUCGAAGGAGCGGCGAAGAAUUUGAGCUCCAAAGGUUUGCAUUCUGGCACUGUCUUGAAUUUCUGUGGAUUUAUUGGAUUAACUUUUCUAAUUGGAUUAAGAGCAAAUCUGGAGAGAUUCGAGGAUCCAAUCUUUAUCCAGAUAACAGAUAUUAAGAGUCAAAAUUGGAAAUUGAAGCUUUCUUUCCCCUGGUUGAAGAUGUGUUUCCUCUUAAUAAUCCGUCCGGAUUCCUUUCAGUUCGACUGCAUUUUAACAUGAGCGCCGUCGAUCCCUGCUUUAAUUCUCUUAAGGUUGAUGAAAUAGAGUUCUAAACAGGCAUACUCUGAGCAGCAUUCAGAGGUUUGGACUCCGAUAACUCUCUGUUUUUAUUCCGUCUCCCUUUAUCCUUAGCAUGAACUAGAUAAGACCUUUCCUUUGAUUUCCAGAAGAUAAGAUCGGGACAAGCUCCGAUCGCAGCAACCAGUUCAAAAUCCCAUGUAUUUCAAAAAAAUCUUACAUGCUAAUCGUUUUCCAGAUCGUCAUCCUCCGAUCUCUCUGUUCCUAUUGCUGCUAAUCUAUUUCCUUUGAUUCGUUUCAGAAGCCCCAGAAAUCGCAUUCGUUCGAAGCCCGUUCAAUCAAUUACAAGCCAAGGCCUUGGCAUUGAAGGGAAAAUAGAUGGAAAGGGAGCCGAGGAAGCCCUAUCACACCCGUGGCUCGAGAGGGCUUAAUAAUAAUGCAGGCACCGGGUCGCCGGCCUUAUCCGAACCGGAUUUGCUGCUACACUGGGGGAACCGGAAGCGGCUGAGGUGCGUCAAGGUCCAGCGGAAGGACGACGCGGCCGCCGACAACAAGGCCGCCACCACGGUUCGGGUCGACCGUCGGGUCGUUCGGGCCGACAAGGACUCCGGCUCGGCUCCUCUUCCCCGCCGCACCUCCCCGACCCAGCAUCGCGCCUUAAGGAAUUCGGAAGCAGCGACGGCUGCGGCGGAGAUGAGAGGGCGGCAGCAGAGCAACGGCGGUCUCCGGGGGGUAGCGUCGCCGGAGCGGGCGGCGAAGGGUGGGAACGGCGCCGCUUCGGCGUCGUCGGAGGAGAAGAAGAAUGGGGGAACGGGCUCGUCGUCGGGGAGCGAGGGCACGGUAUGGCCCACGUUCGCGAUUGCGCUGACCAAUAAGGAGAAGGAGGAUGACUUCUUGGUCUUCAAGGGAUCCAAGCUCCCCCAAAGGCCCAAGAAGAGGGCCAAGUUCAUUCAAAGGACCAUUAACCUGGUGAGUCCAGGUGCUUGGCUGUGUGAUCUGACUCUAGAACGAUAUGAAGUCCGAGAGAAGAAGGUCUCGAAAAAGAGACCAAGAGGUUUAAAGGCAAUGGGUAACAUGCACAGUGACUCAGAUUAGUAGACGACAAAGGAGAGAGAAUCUGGAAGAAUAAGCCAGAGAUUGAGACCAUAUUUGAAGAUAGUCAUACUUGUUUCAAAACAUAGAGCAUCUAUAUUGCAUUUGAUCGCGCGUGCGCAGAGAGAGAGAUAGAGAGGGGAGGGGAAGGGAUGGGGGCCGGCGGCUAAGUGGAGGGGCUAAGUAAGCGUUGGGAGAGUUUUAAGGGAUGUUGGCUUUGUGCAGAGAGAAGCUUGUACCAUUCUUGUACAGAACUCUACGGAAUACUUUUAGAUUUCAAGCAUGUUUUUUUUCUCUUUUCAAUUAUCGAGUGUUGGAAUAUUUCAAAAUU